AUGGUAGUUUUGGUAACGGCAAGUUUUACGGAGGCAUCUCGAGAUAUUCAACACGUGCCGACUAAGCUGAGACAGUGUUUGUUCUACGAUGAGUCCUCGUAUUUGCCAUUCUACACACACAGUGAUUGCUUGCUAAAAUGCAGAAUGCUAUUUUUAUUAGCUAAAUGUAAAUGUACUCCAUUCAACAUGCCAAAAAUGGUCAAUAAUCGAACAUGUGAUAUAAGAGACAUACCCUGUUUGAAAAUAUAUAAUGCUCAAUCAACAACGGUGAGACCUGAUGUUGACAUGAUUUCGCCGGAGUUGGAGCUGGAUAUGGUCGGGGGCGGCAUCAAUUGCCCCAUGUGUUAUCCCAGUUGCUCGAAAACCGCUUACAGUUACGAUUUCAUGAAUACAAAAAUAUGGCCGGACUAUUUGAACACAGUUCCAGAUAGCGAUAGGAUUGAUUGGUUACAGGGCGCCAAUUUUACAGGAACAUCGAUGGUUCACGUAAAGUAUGCGAGGGAAGUUGCCGACUGUUAUGGGCAGAAUGUUAUUAUGAAAUGGUUCGACUUAAUUAGUAAUAUUGGAUCGACUUGUGGAUUUGUAACUGGAUUUAGUUUCGUAUCAGUAAUUGAGUUUAUCUACUUCUAUACUGUAAAGUUAUAUCGUGAGAUCAGUAAUCGUCGUCGUCAAGAAAAACGAAUUGCCACUGAAACGUCCACGGUAUACAAUUUCGAACCUAUCAGUCGAUAUAGGCCGAUUUACUGGAAUGAGCUUGGAGGAUCAACUCAAUGGAAACAAGGAUCUUAUUAUUAG